GCUAGAUACUAUUUACUGAACAGAAGCAAAGUAAACAUGUCUGUGUAUUAAGUAAGCAUGGUUUAAAAGUAAAAAGUUUUUAAUUCAGUUAACGUUCCGUAUUUGCUCUUACACAUAGUAAAGUAUUAUUGUAACACUCUUACGGUAUCAUUGCAUAAAUGGAGAAAUACAACACUGAAACAUCCAUAAGGUUUACGAUGCAAAAAAGACUGUGCUCCUUAGUGUGCAGUGUGUUUCUGGUGUGUAUUUGUUAUCAAAUGAAACUUUUCGAAUUCAAAGGUAUUCAAGCAAUAUAUGAUAUGGACAUGGUUGGUGAAACGUAUUUCAAGGAAAUGUUUCAAAGAAUAUCAAAUGAUACAGAUACGUUCGUAUAUUCCGCAUACUUCGACUACCGAGCAGGCCAUAUACGAGUGAUUGGUGUGUCUGCACUUAAAAAUGCUACUGCAGUAUAUUGCAUUUUAAGAUAUAACAACAAAUCGCCCUCAUAUAAAUAUUUAAGAGGACACAUUAUGGUUAUCCCGGAUCACCAUGGUCGAAAGUAUAAAGCAGUCUAUGUAAUAUGUCAACUGAAUGGACAUAAACCUCCCAGUACAUUAACAAUUUCAAAGAACAAAGAUUUUAGAAGCGAUGACAACAUUUUACCUGUACAAGUGAUUCCAACGACAUUUCCAACAAAGCGAAAAUUUACUGUGUGUUUGUCACCUUUGCAUAACAACUUUACAAAAAACAUGCAACUUUUAGAAUGGCUUGAAAUGACAAUGCUCUUGAGUGUUGAUAAAGUUAAUGUAUAUGUUCACAGUUGUCCUAGUGAUGUGAUGACACGUCUGCAAACGUACCAAUCUAACGGAUUCGUUACAAUCAUCAACUGGCCGUUACCGAAAUACCUUUGUAAGACUUAUUUAUUGCAUUAUUGUGGACAGCUUGCAGCCCUGAAUGAUUGUCUUUAUAGAACGAAAGGAUACAGUAAAUACAUUGCUGUUAUGGACAUUGAUGAGUUCAUUAUUCCACAGAAGCAAGAAGACUUGACAUGGAGCGAUAUUUUACACAGACUUCCUUCUGAAAAUGUGUACCUUUUCCGACACGUAAUCUUUAUUAGAAACAAAAGCCAAGAGAAAAUUGAAGGAGGUUUAAUAACUCAGGCCAAUACUUUUAGACACAAAUUCGUAUUUAAAACCUUCGAAAGGUCAAAAUAUAUUGCAGAAACUGAGAACGUUGAAACGUUGGGUAUUCAUUUUGUUUGGACUUUGAACGGAUCUCACUAUACCGUUGAUCCUUCUAUUGGAUUGGUACAUCACUAUAGAUGGAACGGUGUGCCGGGUAUGCCGAGUAUUAAGAAUAACACAGUGCAACAUCAAGUUGCAAAGAAAUAUUCUCAUGAACUUAGAAAGAGAAUAUAUUUACAACUUAAUAACACUAAUUGUUCUCGUAUUUUGAAACUUAAAACAAACAAUACCUAUUCUACGCGUUGUCAUGAUUAUUUGUCGAUAGGGACCGGCACGUUCAAACAAGAUCGCGAAUGACAAAAAGGUAUGUGUUUGGACAUUCAGCCUAAUAAGUAUGUUAUUUGUUGUAUAACUUUCUUGUAAAUUAUCCGAUGUAAACAUACACUCUUGGCACUUUUUUUACAUUUUUGAAUAUGUGCGGCAAAUUGCAUUAUCACAAUAACACUUAUUAUCACAAUAACACUCUAUGGUAACUAUAACGGUAGCCGUUUUGUUUGGAUUUGUCCAAUAUGGGCGCUCAAAGCAAAAACAACCGAUGUUGCUCAUUGCAGAGCUGGAGCGGUCUUAUGCGCAUGUCCGAAAGUGAUUAUCAAUUGGAGCGCGCGACAAAAAUGCGCAAAUUAUUGCAUGUCCGCACGCGUUUAGUGUAUAAUAUGUAUAAUAUACUGACUAAAGGUUAGGUAUAAGUAUCACCAUGGUACUACAAAAUAUAACAUUUAAGAUACCUUUCGUUCUGAUUGUUUGAAUCCGAUAUACACCGGGUCUGUAUUUUAUACAGGCGCUCCAGGUCUGCAGUGAGUCACACUCAAAACCAACAGAACGUCAUGUUAAUUCUUAAAUAUAUUUAAUACGUCUUGCUACGUUUCGUUACCAAACACUUUUCAGUAACACUGAUCAUUUCCAAAGAAGAAACCGCCGGACUGAUAUGGCGAUCGGAAUAGUAUUUAGCAUAAAUAUUUCUUAUAAACUCAUGGAAAUUGUUCAAUUUCUUGUCAGAUGUUCCAAGAUUUCAUGUUUAUUAUCUAUAAAAUAAAACUAUUUGGACCAAAUGGAUGUAAAUAUACUAUAUGAUAAUCUCUAGUAUAAGUACUAAGAAAUGUAGGUAGAUAUGGGAUAUAUUCCGAUAUAUGUCCUUGCUAAGAGGUUCUAUAACUCUACGGGGUAUACAUAAAGCCUCGCAAAAAUGGACAUGAUAGUCUUGUACAAACGGAUCAAUAAAGCGCUAUAAACUUUAUUCUGGUAACAGGGUAUAAUAUCGAAAUCUUAUUUGAGUUGUCUCCCUUAGACAAUGCAACCCAUUCGGGAUUGAUCGGCUAUCUCCGGUAGACUGCAUGCAGACACGCCCCAAAGGCAAUAGGGGAAAAGGCGCGAAAAUUUGCAGACCAGUCUUGCUCUGUAUACAACCCAUUGUAAUUUAUGCUGUUAUUUACAUUGUAAGAUAAAUUUGUAUAAAAAAAUGUUUGUUUGA